AUGGCGGUGGUCACCGAGGACCGGGGUCCAAUGUUCAAAAUUGUACUCCUCGGUGAAGCAGGAGUUGGUAAAACAUCGCUGUUCUUUCGAUUAAAAGACAAUACGUUUACCCCUCAUAUGCGUAACACGAUAGGAAUCGAUAACUGCUCAAAGCACAUGAAAGUUGACGACCAAAAUUUGACGCUUAGUAUCUGGGACACAGCUGGUGUGGAGAGAUUUCGUACUGUUACCAAGAAUUACUACAGAGGAGCCCAUGCCUGUGUGUUGAUGUUUAGUGUUGAUGAAGCUGGCACACUGCAGUACCUCACUCACUGGGUACGUGAUGCAGAAGAAUUUUGUCCAGAGGCUUUAAAAUUUAUUAUUGCCAACAAGAUUGACUUGGACUCAACUGUUCAUUCUGAUAGCAUGGAGCUCUUUGCAAGCUCCCAUGAUUGUYGCAAGGUGUUYCAGRUAUCAGCUAAAACAGGUGAAGGUAUUUCUCAAGCAUUUGAUCAAAUAUCCAAAGUGUUAAUGAGUGGAGAUCUGAGGUCAAGUGAAGAAAAAGAUCGUUCAAUAAGUGUUGGAAUGGAUGAAACACCUAAUCCAACUGUAAAACAAUGGAAGAAUGGCUGUUGUUCCUCUUUAUAACACACAAUGGCUGAUUAUAUUGACUAAAACCUGCUUUAUGUGAUCAUCUCUCUAUACUCCAGUUUUGAGAUCUUAUUUGUGCAGCSUUAACCUCGAAAGUAGUAAUAUAUUCUUUUAUUCAGCAGAUCCUAUUGAAAUGGAAAUUAACACUCUGUCUACAAAGACAAUAAAAAUUUUUGCUUGAUUGAAGCGAAGCUUGCACAAAAGAGAAUUCGAAAAUGGAGUAUUUCACACCAGAUCUUGUUGUCUAUAACCUGAGUAUCAGGCCUUUGAGGGGGCCUGGGGAAGAGAGGAAGGGAAAAAGGAAGCUCUCCCUUCUCCUUACCUUCCCCCCCCCCCCCGAGAGCCUGAUACUCAGGUUAGUUGUCUAUGGUAUACUGAGCUCUGUGGGGUAUGACAAUUUAUAAUGCAUCUUAUAAUCUCAUCAUAUGGGCUUUUGAUUACAGUGUAUCUUUGACAAAUCCUUUUMUUUGGUGUGCAUAUUCAUACAACUGGCAGCUUUGAGGCAAUCGGGAUAAGCAUUUUGUUAUGUCUUAGAUAAAAGCAGAUUUCUAUGAGGAUUUAAAAUCCAUUAUGAAAACUGUUUGAAACCUCAUACAAAUCAAGUAUAAUUAUUUAAUCAGUAUAAAAUCUAGCAAGCUCUUCCAUUUUAUUCUUAGCACUAAAAUUUAAAUACAAUAGUAACAUUUCUUUAACCAUGUGAUUUUUAUAAGAUCAACAACAAAUUUUCCUCUGCACUCAUUGGUUGAAAGUCAACCAGGUAUUAAGGUGAUAGUGCCCCCCUCGGAGGGCUACUUUCAGUGAAUAGAGCCACUGCUUCUGAAAAUUUUUUUGUUGAUUAAUAAAAAAAUAGAGAAGUUGAAAUUCCAGGCACAUCAUUAAAAAACAUCACUAAAAAAAAUCAUUAUUUGUUUUUCUGGAACGUCCAGUUUCUGUAGGCAGCUAUCACAGCAUAUUGACCUUGAUUCAACUCUAUUUGUUGAAAUAAAACCAGCACAUUUAUUUGAAGGGAUAUUUUUUAUUCUAUUUAGUAUUUGCAUUAUUAUGCACAGAGUAUUUUGGAUAAUAUUUUAAAGUAUAUAAAGCAUCUAUUUUCAUACCCACAAUCACUUAAGUAGGGGUUUAAAUAUGCACUUAUUGGAAGAAAAUAUUCACUUAGUUACAUGUAAUGCUUAACAGAAACACAUUUAUGAUUUCAAGAAAAUAUUUGAUAAUAGAAUACAUUAGAUAAUUAGAGUUUACAUACAACAAUAGAAGAUAACAUAUUAUCUACAGUUCUUCAUUGAAUAAUAUUAAUCAACU